AUGGAGGGGCCGCCGCUGCUGGGGUCGGGGCAGCUCUCGCCACCGCUGCAGGGAGGCGGAGCCGCCGCGGUUCCGGAGCCCGGAACCCGGCAACACCCGGGACACGAGACGGCGGCGCAGCGGUACAGCGCCCGCCUGCUGCAGGCCGGCUACGAGCCCGAGAGCGACUUCCUGAUCCUUCCCGGCUUCAUCGACUUUACAGCCGAUGAGGUGGAUCUGACGUCAGCCCUGACUCGGAAGAUCACCCUGAAAACACCACUCAUCUCCUCGCCCAUGGACACUGUGACAGAGGCAGACAUGGCCAUCGCGAUGGCGCUGAUGGGAGGGAUUGGUUUUAUCCACCACAACUGCACCCCAGAAUUCCAGGCCAACGAGGUGCGGAAAGUCAAGAAGUUUGAACAGGGCUUCAUCACGGACCCCGUGGUGCUGAGUCCCUCGCACACUGUGGGCGACGUACUGGAGGCCAAGAUCCGACAUGGCUUCUCUGGCAUCCCCAUCACGGAGCGAGGCACCAUGGGCAGCAAGCUGGUGGGCAUCGUCACCUCCCGAGACAUCGACUUCCUCGCCGAGAAGGACCACACCACCCUCCUCAGUGAGGUGAUGACGCCGCGGAACGAGCUGGUGGUGGCUCCAGCAGGUGUGACGUUGAAAGAGGCAAAUGAGAUUCUGCAGCGCAGCAAGAAAGGGAAGCUGCCCAUUGUCAAUGAGCGCGAUGAGCUAGUGGCCAUCAUUGCCCGCACUGACCUGAAGAAGAACCGGGACUACCCUCUGGCCUCCAAAGACUCCCACAAGCAGCUGCUGUGUGGGGCAGCUGUGGGCACCCGCGAGGAUGACAAGUACCGCUUGGACCUGCUCACCCAGGCAGGCACCGACGUCAUCGUGCUGGACUCGUCCCAAGGGAACUCGGUAUAUCAGAUUGCCAUGGUACACUACAUCAAGCAGAAGUACCCCCACCUGCAGGUGAUUGGUGGCAAUGUGGUGACAGCAGCUCAGGCCAAGAACCUGAUCGACGCCGGGGUGGAUGGGCUGCGUGUGGGCAUGGGCUGUGGUUCCAUCUGCAUCACCCAAGAAGUGAUGGCCUGUGGCCGGCCCCAGGGCACCGCCGUGUACAAGGUGGCUGAGUAUGCCCGGCGCUUUGGGGUGCCUGUCAUAGCCGACGGUGGCAUCCAGACCGUGGGCCACGUGGUCAAGGCUCUGGCCCUUGGUGCCUCCACAGUGAUGAUGGGCUCCCUGCUGGCUGCCACCACGGAGGCCCCUGGCGAGUACUUCUUCUCGGAUGGGGUGCGGCUCAAGAAGUACCGGGGCAUGGGCUCGCUGGACGCCAUGGAGAAGAGCAGCAGCAGCCAGAAGCGAUACUUCAGCGAGGGGGACAAGGUGAAGAUCGCACAGGGCGUCUCGGGCUCCAUCCAGGACAAAGGCUCCAUCCAGAAGUUCGUGCCCUACCUCAUCGCAGGUAUCCAACAUGGCUGCCAGGACAUUGGAGCCCGGAGCCUGUCUGUGCUGCGAUCCAUGAUGUACUCAGGAGAGCUCAAGUUUGAGAAGCGAACCAUGUCGGCUCAGAUCGAGGGUGGUGUUCACGGCCUGCACUCUUACGAGAAGCGGCUGUACUGAGGACGGCGGUGGAGGCCGAGGUGGUGGAGGGGGCAUGCCCCCUGGGCCUUCCUUUGAGCCCAGCCUCCCUCCAUAACUGAGCGGCCCACAGAUUUGCACUACAGGUUCCCCAGCUCCUGUCAAGAGAGAGAGAGAGAGAGAGGAGGGGACAAGGGGUCCCCAGGGGCUGGCAGUGCUCCCCGGGCACCCCUGCAGCCAGAAAUGCUCCUGGGCCAGGCUGCCCUGGGAGCUCCCGGGCCCUGGACCCAGCACCCCAGCCCAGCCGCCCAGGCUCUCAGGCCUCGUGCCUGCCUCAGGUCUUUCUAGCCGCAGCCUGCUCCAGCUGGCUCGCACCCCGGCAGGUGGCCCCUUCUGUAGGGCACCCCCGGAAAUGGUGCUCUCCUAGCCCCGCCUCUGGCCCAUCCUGGGCUGCCACCCCCUCAGCCACGUGGCACUUCUGGGCUCCUGGCCCAGGCUAGGGGGAGGUCUCUGCCCCCUUCCUCUGGCCCCUCAGCUAUCCUGGGCGCUGCUCCUCAGGCCACUCCCCCAUCCCCGGCCCUGGGGACGAGGCCGCCCUGGCCUUGGCCUCCUGCCCAUCAUUCCGACCCUCCACUAUCCCCAGGUGUACCAUUCCUGCCCUCCUCUCAGCUGCAGUCGAAGGCUUUAACUUUGCACACUUUGGGGUCAUGUUGGCGUUGUUGUAUAUGAAAUAAUCUGAAUAAAUCAAGCAGGUCUCAAGGCAUC